UUGAGGGUAUAUGGUUCCUGUAGUAAUGAAUUAGUCCCACAAGAUGAUGCUGUUUUACUAUUGCCAGUGUUUGACAAGUUCCCGAAUGUGUGGGCAGCACAUGGGUAGGAGUCUAAACAUAGACAUAACACAAAUGUGAUCUUGAAACAAACAAAACAAAGUGAAGGUCAUUCCUUAACAGUGUAGAUAAAAUUAAAGUGAAAAAUGCCCAGGCUAAUGCUUUUUGAAGGUAACAGUCUGUCUGUCUAUCUAUCUAUCUAUCUUGAAGUUUAAUUAUGAAAUAUUGUACGUGAAUAAGGGCUCCUUUUUUAUUUUGGUAGUUUCAACUUUUCCUCUCCUUUGUCUCAACGCUCUUUGUUUCAGGCAGCAUAUUUGUAGUAACACCCAUUCCCUGACAAUUAAACGCCCAACCAGGAAUACUGGUUUUACAGUGAGAGUAGACCACAUAGCUAUAACAUUCUGUCACACACAGCGUCAGUCACACAGUUUCACUGAAGCUGUUAACUUCAGGAACUCAUCUUCUCUGUGGAUAUCUCGUUCUCCUCACUUUUUGUCGGGUCUUUUCUUUAGCUGUUGAUCUCAGCACGGUUUAUUAAGAGAUUAACACACUGCUGCUGAGCUAAAUCACCUGUGUAUUUUAAUUUUGCUGUCAUAUCUGCUGGACAUCUUUUUUUUUAACUCCUGGUAGAAAUGUCCCACCCUAGCACUCUGGAUUUAGACAGAUACAGCAGCAUGGAGAAAUCUCGUCGCUCUACCAGUCGUAACCAGUCCAGGGCCCAGGCCAAGUACGAGGAAGUCCUGUGUGACUUCUGCACAACAAGGAAGCAGAAGGCUGAGAAGUCCUGCUUGGUGUGCCUGGCAUCUUACUGCGAGACCCACCUCCAGUCUCACUAUGAGUACCCUGCCAUGAUGAAGCACAAACUGGUCAAAGCAACGGGUCAGAUGAGAGAGAAGAUCUGUGCACAGCAUGACAAGCUGCUGGAGGCUUUUUGUCGCACCGAUCAGACAUCAGUGUGUGUUCUGUGCAUGAUGGAUGAACACAAACACCACGACAUCGUCCCGGCUGGAACCGAGAGGACUGAGAAACAAAAACAGCUUGGUACCACGCUGUACAAAUCUCAACAGAGGAUUGACCAGAGGAUUAAAAAGUGGCAGGAUCUCCGACAAGCUGUUGAAUCAGUUAAACACUCUGCUCAGACGGUCCUAGAGGAGAAUGAGCGGAUCUUCUCUGAGCUUCUGCUUUCCAUAGAGAGGAAGUACAAUGAAGUCAAGGAGAUGAUCCGCUCCCACGAAAAGACCACUGUGACACAGGCUGAGAUACUGCUCAAUCGCCUGGAGGAAGAGAUCACUCUGCUGAGGAAGAGACACACUGACCUGGAGAAGCUCUCACACACCGAUGAUCACAUACACUUUCUACAGAGCUGGCAGUCUCUGUCAGGCCCCUCAGGGUAUGAAGACCUCAACAACAUCAGUGUCGCUCCCUAUUACUCCUUUGAUGCUACCAAGAGAGCUAUUGCUGCACUGAAAUUAGAAGUAGAAGAAGUCAGCAAGACAGAAAUGAGCAAAAUCUCAGGAACAGUGAAGGAAGUCUACGUCACGCAAGAAGGUGAGACAAAGACAAGAAGAGAAUCAAUUUUGAGGGAAGAACCGAAGACAAGAGAGGAACCAAAGACAAGAGAAGAUUUCCUGAAAUACUCUUGCCAGUUGACCCUGGAGGUCAACAGUAUCCACCGAAACCUUCACCUCUCCGAGGGUAACCGAACAGCUACGAUGAAGAGUGAGCCUAAGAACUACCCUGAUCACCCUGACCGUUUCGACCACUGGCAGCAGGUGUUGUGCAGGGACAGCGUGACUGGGACUCGUUGUUACUGGGAGGUGGACUGGAGGGGAACUGAGAUAGACAUCGCCGUUACCUACAGGGGAAUCCGCCGGAAAGGAAACGGCAAUGAAUGCAGCCUGGGCUGGAACGACAAGUCCUGGAGUCUGUACUGCUCUGAUUCCAAAUUCUCCUUUGUGCACAAUAAUAAGAGCAAAGAUAUUCCAGCGCCAAUGUCAUCUCGUAUUGGCGUCUACCUGGAUUAUGCAGCAGGAAUACUUGCAUUUUACAGUGUCUCGGAUGGCAUGCAGCUUCUGCACAGAGUCCAGACAACAUUCACAGAGCCCCUCUACCCUGCGUUCAGUGUGUGGGGCUUUGGUACUAGUAUAAGACUGUAGGAGAGUUGCCAUAAUGCCAGUAAUUUGCAUCAGAGUUACACAAUAUUCUCAAUAUUGCUGUGAAAUUUGAAACAGGGUGUUUGAUUAAUUCCUGUUUGUUUCACUUUUUGCCAAAAGUUAUUUUUUCCUCAUGUAUGAACUAUUGUAUGUGGGUUUUAAACAAUCCAAUUGAUCUGUUUUUGUUCUAUUGAUCACUGAUUGUUGUUUUGAGGCAAAAUAAUCUGAAGAGCUGAUAUCAAAAUAUGUCAGUUUUAAGUAGGAAAAAUAUGCAAUAGUUGAUUAUAAUGUUAUUUUCUCAAUGUCUUAUAUAUUUUUCUCUAUUACAUUAAAGCAUGUCAUAUUUACAUCACAGGUAAAUAUUAAAUAUGGAUUUGCA